AAUAAUCUAAGAUCAAUGACCAAAAUAUAAUUGGAUAUAUCGGAGUAUCAAAAGCAUAAUUCAAAAGAUUAGAGCAAAACUUGAGAGGAACAAAAUGGGAGAAAAAACCCAAGAAGUAAAGCUACAUGGAAUGUGGGCUAGCUCAUAUUCUAAGAGGGUGGAGCUAGCUCUAAGAAUCAAAGGCAUACCUUAUGAUUAUAUUGAAGAAGAUCUAAGCAACAAGAGCCAAUUACUCCUCAAAUAUAAUCCAGUCCAUAAGAAAGUACCUGUACUUGUUCACAAUGGAAAACCCAUUGCUGAAUCAUAUAUCAUCCUUGAAUAUAUUGAUGAAACCUGGAAGAAUUCUCCCAAGCUUCUACCUGAAGAUGCUUACGGAAGAGCCAAAGUUCGAUUCUGGGCUAGUUUUAUCCAGCAACAGUUGUUUGAGAACAUAGGGAAAAUGUUCACAUGUGAAGGGGAAGCACAAGAGAAAGUGUACAAAGAAGUGAUCGAGAAAUUAACCAUGUUCGAAACAGCAAUUAAAGAACUUUUCCCGGGAGGUGCUCCAUUCACAAAUGGCGAGAACUUGGGAUUGCUAGACAUUUUGAUGAGUGCAACAUUGACAUCUCACAAAGCUGUCGAAGAAGUAUUAGGAGUGGAAAUCCUGAACCCAGAAAAGAAUCCUUUAUUGUUCUCGUGUAACAGCAUUGAAGGAACAUCCUUUGGUGAAAGAAAUAGCCUCUCCUCAUGACAAGCUCGUCCGAAGACUACAGUUUAUCAAACAGAACCUGCAUAGGCAGUGAACUGCAACAGAAUAUGUUGUCUGCCUCUGCUUAACGUAUUUGGAACUCUGUAAUGGAAGUAAAAUAAGGUGUCCAAGCAAAAAUAAAAUAAAAAAAUUACGUGAAGUUGUUAAAGCUAAUCCCUCCAUGGGAAUAGGAGCGUCUUUCUUUUUUCCCUUUUUUUUUUUUUUUUUUUUUUUUUUUUGAUAAUUGGGAAUGGAAGGUUUAAGAGGUGCUUUUUGGCCCUUCUGAGUGUUUUGUUUAUUUUCUUAUUUGGAUUGUGUUCUGGGUGAUUAAUUACGUUUUGAUUUACUGGCAGGCAUUAUUAAAAAAUCAUACAAUUCGAGGAACUCAGAUGAGAAAAAAUAUAGAUACCACGGAACAUGAGUUUUGAAUCCAUUCAACUUAGGAUGAAAUAAAACGUGACAUAAUAAAAACCAUGCAUUGAGAACUUAAUACUGCCACUAAAACUCCUUCAAAAUUACAAUAAAACAACUCAGAUAAUACGAUUUCAUCAGUUCAUAAUCACCUAAAGAAAAGUUGAAAUUUCUUCUAAGCAGUCAAAACAAAAAGGGAAAG